AUUGCUUAGCAAACAGAGGUGUCAGAUGUAUUUUAUGUCAGUUCGGUAAACAGAUCUAAGUCGUGUAGUCUGGAAAUGCUCAUCAACGAGGGACUGAGAAUGGACCGCCAACGAUGCUAGGGCUACCAUGGGCAGCGUCACACUGCGGUACUUCUGCUAUGGGUGUCUCUGCACGUCAGUGACCUGGACACUUCUGCUCUUCAUCUACUUCAACUUUACCCAGGAAAGCCAGCCCUUCAAAAAUGUGCCCGUCAAGGGGGACCUGUCCUUCAGGAACUUCCCCAGGAAGUUCCAGCCCCGGUUCACCCGGGGACCCGGCCGGCAGAGCCAGCAGAACGCUUGGGCCAAGGAGCAGCUGCGCAGAGGCGCCGAGGGCCGCAGGGGAGCUGACCUCUCGCCGGAAAUGGGUAUGAUUUUUAAUGAACAGGAUCAGGAAAUUCGAGACACAGGUUACCACAAGCAUGCUUUCAAUGUGCUCAUCAGUAACCGCCUAGGAUUCCACAGGGAUCUUCCUGACACCAGAAAUGCAAAGUGCAAAGAAAAAGUUUAUCCUUUGGCUCUUCCGACUGCCAGCGUUGUGAUCUGCUUCUUCAACGAGGCCUUUUCUGCUCUCCUGCGGACAGUACACAGCGUGUUAGAUCGCACCCCCGCCUAUCUGCUGCACGAGAUCAUACUGGUGGACGACAACAGUGAACUAGCUGACCUGAAGGAGGAUCUCGACGCCUACAUCCUGAAGAACCUGCGCGGGAAAGUGAAGGUGGUCCGCAAUGAGAAACGGGAAGGCCUGAUCAGGGGGAGGAUGAUCGGGGCUUCUCACGCAACAGGAGAAGUCCUGGUGUUCCUGGACAGCCACUGUGAGGUGAACGAGCUCUGGCUGCAGCCCCUGCUGUCUCCCAUCAAAGAGGACCGCCGGACGGUGGUGUGUCCUGUGAUCGACAUCAUCAGUGCAGACACGCUGGUCUACAGCUCCUCCCCCAUCGUGAGGGGGGGGUUCAACUGGGGCCUACACUUCAAAUGGGACCCGGUGCCCCUCUCGGAGAUGAACAGCCCCGAGGGACCCGUUGCCCCUAUCCGGUCUCCAACGAUGGCAGGAGGCCUUUUUGCCAUGGAAAGGAAGUACUUUAACGAGCUGGGCCAGUAUGACAGCGGCAUGGAUAUCUGGGGAGGAGAGAACCUGGAGAUUUCUUUCAGGAUCUGGAUGUGUGGAGGCAGGCUUUUAAUAAUCCCUUGCUCCCGAGUCGGACAUAUAUUCCGUAAAAGACGUCCCUACGGAUCGCCAGGAGGACAGGACACCAUGGCACAUAACUCUCUGAGGCUAGCUCACGUGUGGAUGGAUGAGUACAAGGUACGGUGCUUCCUCUGUAAUUCUGUAAAAGGAUCUGUUUGCUCGAAGGAGGUAUUUAAUGUAUCGGCUAUAUCAGCUGGAUCUGUACCUAAUCUUUUAAGGCUUAGCAGCACUGUGUAUGAAAGAUUAGCCUGGAUUGCUGAAAGUGCCCUUGUACCUGUUUUCUCUCCUUUUCAGCUCCGCAAUCUGCUGGUAGAUAAGUGUCUGGUGGCCCAAGGCCGUCCCAGUCAGAAAGGAGGGAUAGUGGUGGUGAGAGACUGCGACUCCAGUGAUUCAGAGCAGGAGUGGACGUAUGACGAAGACCAUGAGCUGAUCCUCGCUGGCCUGCUAUGCCUGGACAUGUCUGAGAUCCGCUCCUCCGAUCCGCCUCGUCUCAUGAAAUGUCAUGGUUCAGGGGGAUCUCAGCAGUGGACAAUGGGGAAGAGUAACCGUCUUUACCAAGUGUCUGUUGGGCAGUGCUUGGCUGUUGUUGACCCACUCAGCCUUAAAGGGUAUGUUGCCAUGGCAAUAUGUGAUGGUUCUCAAUCCCAGCAAUGGCAGCUCGAGGACUGAUACUGCCAAGAGAAAGAAGGGCCUACAUAAUUCAUAAACACUUACUGGGACUGAGAAACACUCAACUUGGGCCUGAAGGCUCUGUGAUGGCAGUCUGCCAGGGGGAGAAAUGCCAUUGUGUUAAGUCUCUGGAUUUGAUCCUGGACACGGUAGUUACAUGGUGUUUCUGUCAGGAGACAAAAGCACACUUUCUAAAAGGGCCAUGUUAAUGAAGCAUUAUUUUGUGUUUUUUGCGGGGGGGAUUGAGCAGGUAGGAUAUAGCCACAGUAUUAGCCUUAGACCAAACUGUUCUUGUGAAUUACUUUUUUAACUGUUUUUAAAACAUUUUAAAACGAUAGAAUUGCAGUUUUAUUUUUAUUUCUGGGAACUCUUUAAAGCAUAGCUGAACAACAUAAAGCAUUAUUUAUAAUUUUAACCGGUGUUGUUUGAACCCUCUCAGCAGAACUCUGUAACUGGCACUGCAAUCAUGAAUUGUUUCAAAAAGAUUACACAGGAGCAAAUGUGAAUUUCAGCAACAUGUAUGACAGCUGUUUACUGAAUUUUCCAGAGGUACAGAAUGUUUCAGUUGUGCCUGCCAUCUUUCUAUGAAUCUACAGUACUACCCAAAAGCAUAAUUUUUCUUAAUACACAGAUUAAUGCAGUGUGUUACAAUGUAUGAGAAGUAAUUAGAAUAUAAAAAGUAUAUCCUGUAUAAAUAAGAACAUAUUGCUUAAAGUAUUUCAAAAUUGAAAUUGGAGUCCAGAAUUGUGGUCACCUGUCGUUAAAAGUAAUCUAUUUUAUGAUGUCAUUGCUUGGCAAAUGCUGAUUGUAAUUAUUAUAGAAGUUCUUUUUUAAACAGUUUAGUACUGUUGGAAUAUAAUUAUUAUUAUUAUGGUUCUUCUACUAAAGCAGCUGAUGUCAGUAAUAUGUGAGGAUUUGUGUUAAAAUUAAACCUAAUACUAGUCAUGGGCAAAAUCUAUUUCAAACAGUGAGAAAACAUAAUAUUGUGGCAAAACAGGAAUAAAGAGACUGAAAUGAAACGACGACAGACAAACAUGGCAACAUGGCAAUAUCACAAUACAAUAAACUGUACAAAUGUUACGCUUUCCAAAGGAUGCACAAACUGAUGCAUUUUGUCAUUUUUUGUGAAUGUCAAGAAUUUCAGAUUUUUUUUGUUUUCUUUUGUAAAUGAUGCAAAUAAUAAAGGUAUGAAUUAAUCCCAA